AUCAGCUGCUCAAAUUUGAGGUUAGAAUUGUCGAGUCCUGUCCUGUUUUUUAUUAUUAAGAUUUUCCUUUCCUCAAUAGUUACAAUGAAUAAUUUAAUAUUUCUUAUGGCACUAACAAUUAUUCCACCUCAAAUUGUAGCCGAAUUCACCUCAGAGGACUGCUGGGCCCUCGGCUUUAACAAAGCAAAUUUGUUGUGUUCCUCCUGCGAGCAGUUGUCCAAGUUCGACCUAGAGAUUCUGAAGGAUCAUUGUAAAGAGUGUUGCAGCCCAGAUGAGAACGGCCAGCACGACAAAAAGUACGCCAAAGCCAUUUUGGAAGUUUGCACUUGCAAGUUUGGAGCCUAUCCACAGAUUCAAGCCUUUAUUAAGAGCGACAGACCCGGCAAGUUUCCUAAUUUACAAAUUAAAUAUGUUCGAGGUUUGGAUCCCAUAAUUAAACUUUAUGAUAAGGACGGGCAUCUGCAGGAAACUGUUGCUAUUGAAAAGUGGAAUACUGACUCCGUUGAUGAAUUCUUAAGCACCCAUUUAGAUGAUGGAGAUAGUAGAGAUUAUUUAAAAACUAAUAUGAUUUAACACAAUUUUGUGAGUAACUAAAUAAAGCCAUUUUUUUUUAUUGAAAA